AUGUUCAAGAUUCAUCGAGCCGGUUCCCAGGUAGGCGAAGUCGCUGUGUUGCGAAAUCUUGUUACCGGGGAGAUCUACCCAGCGCAAGUCAUUCCCGAGGUUAACCCAAUUGUGCUUCUCAACACGUUGGGAAAGAUACUGGACGAAGAUUUUCUACUUCUACUUCCCGAAGAGAACUCGACUAAUCCUAAAUACGUUCUGGAAGCUUAUAUCACAAUCUGCCCCUCGGGCUGGAAUCCAAGAGACAAACUCGGAAAACGGCUAGCAGAUAUUCAUGAACCAGUACCUCAUUACAAGGAGAAGAUAGAGCUUAGUAUGGAUCGCUUCUUCAAGAAUUUGAAAGCUGGCAAAUAUGUUAAGAGAUCGAACUGGUCCAUUGUCACAAGCGGUGAUUUGUUCGUUCUUGGACAUAGCACAAAUCAUGCAAGGGCUGAUGAUAAGGUUGAGCGUUCAGAACAAAUUGACCCGGAAAAGACUUUCCUGAGGUGUGAACGACAAACACUACAUCGUUUACCAUGUUCCGGGAGUAUCGUGUUUGCCUUCAAAACAUAUCUCAACUCCAUCCAAGAAGUUAAGGAGGAAGGUCUUGGUGCACAGCUAGCGGAUGCUAUCGAUGGUUUACGGACUGGUAGUGCGACUGGAAUGCAUUUCUAUAAACGGGGAGUUGCCUGGGGUGAUGCUGUCAAAAGGUAUCUCAGAUCACAAAGCAUAGCUAUUAUAGUUCAAGUUCUUGCUUUGAGAAAGGCGAUUCCAUUACUAUAUUCGAGAACGGUGGCCUGA